AUGGCUCGAAACGAAUCCUCCGGAGGAAAUAGCAAGACUUCCCUUGCUGAGGCGGACAGCUGGUCGGAGCCUGCGCAUGAGCUUCAAAGAUCUGAGGACUUGGAACAUCUAGAAAAGCGAAAAGAGUUCCAGCCCCAGCAAGACGAAGAGCAAGCUAUGUUAUCUAGGGUAUACGUUGGGAACAUUUCACAAACAGUCAGUACAAAAACGCUGGCUCGGAUAUUCAAAGUCUGUGGACCUGUCGAACAAGUCAAUCUGGGCUGUUAUCACCUUGCACCAGACUCGACUGCUUUUGCCGAAGUGGUCUUUAGUAACCCCAUCGCGCACGUGAGAGCUCAAUACCUUAACGGACUGUUACUAGAGGGUCGUGCUUUAGUUAUCUGCUGUAAGAGUAGUGAGACUCCCGAAGAGAGACGAUUCGUCAGGAAGUUUGCAAACUCCAAACCCAUGGAGAAGGCACAAGAGUGGAGGAGAUUCUCGCCUCUGGAUGGGCCUGGAUAA